AGUAAUGAAUUUCCACCUAUUCUACGAGGAAGACGGCUGUGAAAAUGGUUUUGUUUGCCGCUCCGACGGCAACAUUUUAGUAGCCACAAACGACAACGAAAUAACAAUUACCCUGGGAGAAGAAAAGCCUCCUAACCUAGGCCCCUCAUCCAGCAUUCAUGAUUUGGUCGCAGAGAAACUCUGCGACCAACCAACCAAAAGAACUGCCAAGGAGAUUGAAGAGGAUCUUGACGCCAGGAGGAGAGAACUGACCAUCGCUCGCGAACAGCGUGAUUUUGGGAACGCAAAAUUCCUUCACUUCGAAAAAAUCCCGCAGUUGCAAGAGGAACUCUUGCAAGUUCUUGGGACGAAUAGGACGGAAGAUCGCAGAGAACCCUCUGCGCCAGUCCUUUCAGCCGAGGAGGACUUUAUUGCCCUGCCCAGCGACGAUGAAGAAGUAAAUUUCUCGUGCGCAAAAAAGGCGAAACGUUACUGGGCUGUGCCCGCGAAGAAAGCCAGAGUGGAGAAAAUGAGCGUCGACAACGAGGAUCUUAGGAUCCAGCUCUCGUCAGCAGGGACCAGCUCACAGCAUGCUCUCGAGGCGGUUCAGCAAAGAAAGCCGAGAAAGGGAACCCGGGACCGUUACCACUGUAAAGUCGAUCUGUACAUCAACGGCAAACUGUGGAAACGCGAUUGUGUUUUUGUGAUCGUUACCAAGCAGGGCUCAGAAAGAUCCACGGUCUCUGUUCAAUACGAUCUGUCUGAAGAGCUUCCUCUUCAAACAACACGGCCCAGAUACAUCAUUUACCAUGACAGGACGUAUAUAUCGUUCGACGAUACCCGUCCUCCCCACGCAAUCACCUUCAGCAGUGCUACCGGGUUCUUUGACUGGUACCACAAUGAAGAUUUUCGCGGCUUUGCAUUCCAGUACGCGGGCAACAUCAAUGAGAUACUCAUUGCUGACGUGGAAGGCAAAGAUUCGUUGGCAAUAAUGUAUGAGGCCCUACACCGGCUGUGAUCGGAGAGUAUCUCUCCGUGGAAGCAGAUGGCAGGUGAUAUACCUCGGUUGACUUGCAAGAAAUAUGCUCUCAGUGCAAAAGAAUGAUUGCAAGAAGAUAGGAUAUGUAAUGUAAAAUAAAACAACAAUCUUUUGCGACACCGUCUCUUGAGUUUACAAAGCACGCUAUUCGGAAGAGAAUCUCUUCCGGACAGGAGCUAACGGACCUUCUUCUUUGGUGUAGCACCAGCGAGCGGUGCUGACGCGCGAGACCAGGUUUUAGGUCGAUCUGUGCUGUUCUUCACCAGAGGUCGCGGCUUUACGCCAUGAGCACCGCCUCUGGACCAAAUGCUGGCCCUUCGCUGCUUCUUGCCGAAUGUAGAUACAAGACGGCGUGCAGCUGUUUGUAAAUCUGCCUGUAAGGAUGCAGCAUUUCCGGCGAGGGCCUACAGACUAUGCAUAAGCCACGCUGUUGCAGCAAGCACAGAAAUCGCCAACAGUACCUCAAAGAGCAAAAAGUUCUCAGCCAUGUCCAAGAUGGAGAGGAUCUCUCCAUUCAUGCCUGCAGAAUCAACCGCGGCCCACUCUGCAAAUGCGUAGAGCUCAUCGCAUACAACGAACAUGCAGAAAAAGCGAACGGUGUAGUCUCGGAUAACGUGGAAUGGUACAGCAAUCUGAGCAAAUCCGUGUUUGAGCUCCUUGGACGGCGCGAUGUUCUGUGCUUCCAGAUGCACACACGUCUUCUUGACCAAGGAUCGAAUUUGUGCUAUUGCACACUAUCGAAAGUUCAAAUGUCAGAGAUAACUAUUUAGGCUUCCAUUUGGCUGAGAGGAACUCUCAACCAUUGCAGUAAUAGCAGUGAUGAACUUCGACAGAUGCCCCAAAGAGAUUCUCUUUGGGGUGUCCGACAUUGAAUAAUGAAAGUAAAACUUGAUAGUACCUUGGUCGCCGCAAUGAAGUCUCCAUCACGUUUGUCACGGGAAGAUUUGUAGCCGAAAUUCUCACCCACCCCAAUUUCAUCAGUACCCAGAAAGUAGUCGAAAUCAACCUUCUUUCCGCCGCUGGUAGUGGAUUGUCGUCUUUUCUUGUCCUCGUCAUCGGCGCGCGAACAUCCUUCACCACUGGCGAGAGCAGGGACAACAUAGUAGAUGUCAAUGGUCCUCUCCGUGGGGUUCUGUGGACAGUUCGCAAUGUCGGCGCUGAGGUAGCAGCAGGGUUAAUGGCAUCAAAGAUCCAGAUAGUCAUCUCGUCGUCCUUAUCCAUCUGCCUGGCGUCAUUUUCCAACUUGCUCCAAAUCUCACGAGUUUCAUUGCACUCUUCAGCGGCAGAAUCCUCCGAUGUUUGAGAUGUAUGGUCUUCGUCGUCUUCAGAGAGUAUCCUCUCUGUGAGGUUCCGAAGAGACCGCUUCAGUAAGUCAAUGAGACCUGCAGUACCAUGGACCAUUAUGGUUCUCGCGAGAACAGAGACAUCUCUGUUCAGCUCAUGACAUUCCAGGAGUGUUCGCAUCACUGACAACAGCGCCACAGCUGAGGAACUCAGCUUUGCACUAGCGCGAUUCAUGAUCCGCUCGAAUUGACUCACAAGCUGCUGGUGGGUGGUGUAGUCGACAAAUUCCGUAGCUCUUUCAUUAUCAUCCAAAGGGUAAUCGGGGU